GAGUGUGCGUGUGCGUGUUGCAUGUGUGAGCGAGGGUGUGAGAGAGUUUGUAGUGUGGCUGUGAACGUCCCCUGCUCGGACACUGUCACCGCUUUGCACCGCAGGCAAGCUCCGUGUUCCUACAUGCAAGUUACCGUCGCGGCUCCACAAUCGUUGGCCAGCAAUGACUGAAAGCCCCGCGACCAAGCCAGCCGAUGGGGAAGUGUGUCACCGCGUGAAGAACGGACUGAAACCGGAGAGUAACGGCUUGGUGAAGAGCCUGCACCGCUGCCAUGAGCGGCAGCACAAGCACCACUGCCACCCCGAGGAGGAGGAGGUCCACGCGGCCUCCCAUCAUGGCAGCCUGUACAGUCGGCCCUUCAUUGAGUCUUUUGAGGAGACGCCCAUGCUGGUGGCAGUACUCACCUACAUGGGCUACGGCAUCCUGACCAUCUUCGGCUACCUCCGCGACUUCCUCCGUCACUGGAAGAUCGAAAGGUGCUAUAUCGCCAGAGAGAAGGACGAACAAAGGGACUUUGUUCCACUCUACCAGGAUUUUGAGAACUUUUACACCAGAAACCUCUACAUGCGGAUCAGAGACAACUGGAACAGGCCGAUAUGCAGCGUCCCCGGGGCCAAAAUGGACCUGAUGGAAAGAGCGUCCCUCGACUACAACUGGACUUUUGAGUACACGGGUCGAGUAGUGCAGGAUGUGAUUAACUUGGGCUCGUAUAAUUAUCUCGGCUUCGCUGAGAACACAGGUCCGUGCGCUGACUCUGCAGCUGAGGUCACCAUGAAGUAUGGCGUCGGAGUUGCAAGCACCAGGCAGGAGAUUGGCAACCUGGACAGACACGAGGAGAUGGAGAAACUGGUGGCUAAGUUCCUUGGCGUGGAGUCAGCUAUGGCGUUCGGGAUGGGGUUUGCAACCAACUCCAUGAACAUACCAGCGCUGGCUGGAAAGGGCUGUCUGAUUCUGAGUGAUGAACUGAACCAUGCCUCUCUGGUGCUGGGAGCCAGACUCUCUGGGUCUACCAUAAGAGUCUUCAAACAUAACAAUAUGCAGAGCCUUGAGAAACUGCUCAGAGAAGCCAUAGUUCACGGGCAGCCCAGGACUCACAGACCAUGGAAGAAGAUCCUCAUAGUGGUGGAGGGCAUUUACAGCAUGGAGGGCAGUAUAGUCCGCCUGCCAGAAGUGAUUGCCCUGAAGAAGCGCUACCGGGCUUACCUUUACCUAGACGAGGCCCACAGCAUAGGGGCACUGGGGCCGAGAGGGAGAGGUGUGGUCGAUUACUUUGGCCUCGAUCCCUGUGAUGUGGAUGUCAUGAUGGGCACAUUUACCAAGAGCUUUGGCGCUGCGGGGGGAUACAUCGCAGGGAAACGGGAGCUUAUUGAGUACCUGCGCUCCCAUUCUCACAGUGCAGUCUAUGCCACCUCCAUGUCUCCUCCUGUGGUGGAGCAAAUCAUCACUUCUAUGAAGUGCAUUAUGGGAGAGGAUGGCACAACAAUAGGCUGUGAACGUGUGCGACAGCUGGCAGAGAACACAGUCUAUUUCCGCAAGAGGCUUCGAGAAAUGGGCUUCAUCAUCUAUGGCAACAACGACUCUCCUGUCGUACCCAUGAUGCUCUACAUGCCCGCCAAGAUAGGAGCGUUUGGGAGGGAGAUGCUGAAGAGGAACAUUGGUGUGGUGGUCGUCGGCUUUCCUGCUACGCCCAUCAUCGAGUCCCGGGCUCGCUUCUGCAUCUCAGCCGCCCACACAAGAGACAUGCUCAACAGGGCUCUGAGUGUCAUCAGUGAGGUAGGAGACCUUCUUCAGCUCAAGUACUCCCGACACAGAAUACAGCCGUCUUUGGCGCGGCCUUUUGACGAUAAUGUGUAUGAGGACAUUGACGACUGACGAACCACUCCUCUCCCGAAGCGGCGUGAACCUGAACAACCCCAGAAAAUACAGAACGGGUCAAGAUGGAUCACAAGUCUUCCACAAGGACCAACAUGUGCACAGGUGCCCCUUGUCACUAGUUUGCCAUAAUGUAACACCCCCCACACCCCCCC